AUGGCCCUAACUCGCCCUAUCCCGGCGGUGCACCUACUGGCUCUGGCCGCGCCAUCAAUAUCCAAGCUUCUGGCGCUGGUUCGGCUACGUCGGCCGCCGCCGCUUCUCUGGCAAGGACCGCUGGUGUGGCCGGCGCUGGUGCUGGUGCACGAAGUGGCGGCGACCGCGACGCUACGAGCAGCCGCCGCUUCUGGCACCUCCUCUUCCUCGACACAACAGCGGCUGCCCGCACAGGAGCUGUCCAAGCAUAUCAACAAACCAAUAAAACGGCGCCGCUGGACCUCCCGCAACCGCGUAUGGACCCGGAGCGCCAUCGACCGCGAACGCACCGACUUCUUUGAUACCCGCGUUACAGGCCGCGCCGAGAUCUGGCAGACCCUACGUGCCGCCCUUGAGAUUAUGUGGGAGGCCGACGUCGUCGAUGCAGCAAGGAAUGCCAAUGCUGGUGCUGAGACCGAUACCCAAGCAGCCACCACCGCCUCUCUAGCGUCGCCCACGUCGCCUACCUCACCUACAUCACCUACAUCACCUACAUCACCUACAUCACCUACAGCACCCACAAAAAGCGCAGGCUCUACGGCAUCUUCUGAAGCUACGGAAGCUCGCGCCACCGCCCAAACUAUCCUCGAUGCCGCCGACAUUACCCUGCCCACCGGUGACAUGGCCCAGGGUGCAUACGACGCCUUUGGUAACUUUUAUGCCCUACCGGCGUGGAUCGUCUCUGACCCCACCAACUUGGCCAGCGACCCAGAGCACAACGACUCCGACGUCGAUGAGACCAAGGGCGCCGCCCUCGAUGACCUGGGCAGCAAGGCCAACCUGUCGGAGGAUUCUGACUAUGACAACGAAGGAGAAGGCGACGGCGACAACGAUGACGAUGACGAAGAUACGUGUGGCGACGAAGCCCGGCACCGCCUCGAUACCGCGACCGCCUCGCCGACAAAUCCCCGCCGCCGCCGCCGCCGCCGCGAAGAAAAGGGAAAGGAAGUCGUCAACAUCGCCGCCGCUGCCAACCAGCUUACCGUCCGCGCUCGCCUCAGUGUCACCUCCCGCGACGUCAUCGUCUCGCUCGGUCGCGAGGAGCCCGUCCGCAGCGUGGCCCACCGCAUCUCUGAAAAGGCCAAGCUCCCGCACGAUACUCGCGUCCGCAUCGCCUACCUCGGCAAGAUUCUCAAGGACGGCACCUCGCUCCAGGCCCAAGGCUGGAAAGAGGGCCAUAUCGUCAAUGCCCUUGUUUUCGGGGCGACAUAA